AUGGGCCUGCUGUAUCUCUUCUCCAAAAAGGAGCGAGCCAAACGAAAGAACCAAGGCCGCGCCCCAGAAACACCCGAUGUGCCCCCGGCCUACAGACGCAGCAUCGAAUCUCACAUGCCUCGCUCGGCCCAUCCCCGGCCCCUCUCAUCUUUUGCCCCGGACUAUCGCCAAUCCCAAUACCUGCCACGCGCCUCCAUGGACCAACGCUUGCCCACAUACGAUCCCUCCAAGUACCAACCACAACCCAGUCGACCAAUCUCGGUGCCCGGCGCCGAUCUUUCCUACUCGUCCGCGAGUGGAUAUGGGUACGGUCCUACCGGGAAUGGGCUUAUUCCUGCCAGUGGCUACGGUCCUCCGGCCAGGGCCCAGCCUUCCCGUCUUAGCAACGUUCAUUAUACUGACGGCCGCUCGUCGAUCCCCUAUCAGCCCGCCGAUCACUCCACAUCUUCGAACUGGCAUGCGCACUCGCGCCGACAGUCUGCCAUGCCGUUCGCGCCGAAUUCGGUGGGUGGUGUCCGCGCCCGUGAGGGACGAGAGCGAAGCGCCUCGGAGCCCUUACUGCAGGAUCCCGCGGCCAGCACGCGGGGCUCACGGCGGCCGAAGCCUGUGCUGUCGCGGCUCAUCACGAACUUCGGUUAA